AUAUAAUCACACGGAAUUACGGAUCACAUCAGCUGGUAGCCGGUGUAUAAAUAUGGGAGAAGAGCACAGUACAAUCACAAGACCAACAAGGUGGUUGAGGUGAGAACAGGAGAGUCCCAUCGCAACACACAAGAGCGCGCGUAAGGGCAAGCGAACGAUGGGCGUGCUCCUGCUUGUUCACGUCCUCCUCGUCGCGGUGGCGGCGAGCGCUCCGGCGGCCGACGCAUGGGGCAAGGAGGGGCACUACAUGGUGUGCAAGAUCGCCGAGAGCUUUCUGACGGAAGAGGCCUCGACGGCGGUGAAGGAGCUGCUGCCGGGGUGGGCCGGCGGCGACCUCGCGGAGGCGUGCUCGUGGGCGGACACGGUGAGGUUCCGGUACAAAUGGUCCAGCCCCCUGCACUUCGCCGACACGCCGGGGGACUGCGAGUUCAACUACGCCCGGGACUGCCACAACACCAAAGGAGAGAAGGACAUGUGCGUGGUUGGAGCCAUCAACAACUACACCGCGGCGCUCAAAGACUCAUCAAGUCCAUAUGAUCCGAGCGAGAGCCUGAUGUUCCUGGCGCACUUCGUCGGCGACAUCCACCAGCCGCUCCACUGCGGCCACACCGACGACCUCGGCGGCAACACCAUCAAAGUCCAUUGGUACAGGAGGCAGAGCAACCUUCACAAGGUAUGGGAUGUGAACGUCAUCGAGACCGCCAUGAAGGACUUCUACGACAAUGAUCAGAGCACCAUGAUACAGGCCAUCCAGCAGAACAUCACGGAGGAGUGGGCUAACGAAGAGAAGCAGUGGGAGACGUGCCGUAGCCGGACAAAGACUUGCGCUGAAAAGUACGCUGCAGAGAGCGCGAAGCUGGCAUGCACGGCGUACGAGGGUGUCGAGCAGGAAUCCACCUUAGAAGAUGACUACUUCUUCGCUGCACUGCCGGUGGUUCAGAAGAGGAUUGCUCAAGGGGGUGUCCGGCUGGCCGCAAUACUAAACAAGAUAUUUGGUGGGAAGAGCAGGCUUCAGAUUCAGAGCAGUUGAUUGAUCCAUCCAUCCAGUAGAUGUUAAACAAGAGCGGAGUGGGGAUGGCAUGGUCUGCAAUCUGAAUUAGAAUAAGAGUAUCUUGUCUGACAAUGUAACUUGAGUAAUCACACACAACCACUACAGUAUCAGAGUAGCUCACGAAUUAUUAUUACAAAACUGAAGCACUUGUACUACUGUGCAAUAUAUGAUGCAAUCACAUUUGUAUUCAUAUAUUCGUGUAUCUUUCAGAUCGACGUAAUCGGAAAUGUUAUAAAAGAUAUUUGAAGAA